AUGCAGUGUAUGCAAGGACAACUUACUCAUAACUACAGUGCUUACAAAGCGACUGGUGUACAUCCAGGGAUUCCUAUUCCAGUUCCUCCAAUGACAGGCCUGCUCGGUGCAAUCCCACCUGCCCCAAGUGCAUUCCCGAAUACAAGUUUCCUCCAGUUCCCUCCUCCUGUUAAUCAACCACCUCCAGCAAUCCCUAUACCUCAAGGUCUGAUACAGAGACCUCCUCCGGGAUUUUCUGCUGAUCGUUUUGAAUCUCGAAGAUCACGUUCUCGUUCUAGGUCUGACUCACGUUCAAAGUCUGCGUCACGUUCGCGUUCCCGUGAUUUUCACUCCCGUUCAGGAUCUCGAUCCGAUUCUCGUAGUUCUCGAAGCAGAUCAAGAUCACGUUCAGAUUCUCGUGAUUCUCGUUCAAAAUCCGGAUCACCACGACGUGAUGAUGAAAGUAGUAGUAACCAGUCUCGCGGUUUCUCUAGAAGUCGAAGACGCAACAGAUCUCGUUCACGUAGUUCAAGUUCACCAAUUGCUCGAUUCACUUCAGCCCCUGGACCUGGUGGUAUUACACCAGGUAGCAGUAGCAAUGCUAGCGGGAGUAGUAAUAUGAAUGCUGCUCGAGCUGCUGCAAUAGCAGCUGCUGUUUCUAUAGCUAACUCAAUCAAUGCACAAUCUGGUUGGUCUAAUAAUAAUAAUAACAGCAACAACAACAAUAACAAUAACACCAUCAACACCUCCACCAACAACAACAAUAGUAACAAUAAUGUACCGAUUAGUACAUUUAACAAUCAGGGUUUUAAUGGACCAGCUCUUCUGCCUGGAGGUCCGUUCGCUGAUUCCAACAGAAUGUCAUUCUAUCCUGGUGUAUAUCAACCUAACCAAGGACAACAAAAUCGUGGUGUAGGUGUCCUACGUGGUGGUUUCAACAUUGGUGGUAUUAUGCUAGGUCGAGGCGGUGGUGCUAUGGGUGGUGGUAUGCGAUAUCAUGGUUCUGAUGAUCGUUUUUAUCCACCGCAACCUGAAAGUGAGCAGUCUAAGUGGAGAUAUGUAGAAAAUGAUUCAAAAGUAACUGAUCACAUUAAGUAA